AUGUUUUGUCAUGUUACAUGGAAACUUGACAUGUCAUCAUUUUGCAGAAACAGAGCACUUGGGCCAAUCAGGGAAUGGACACUUGAGGACUGUGUCAGAGUCCACAAACUCCUAGAAAUAGUUCUUCUUGACCAUGAUGCUGCUUUAAGAUGGAAGGAGCAAUGUGCCAAGUACUCUCCUUACUCCACAUACUUUGAGGGCAGACUCAGCUCUGCCAUGCCCAACUCUGUGUACAACCAAAGUAACAACUCAGAAAAUGGAAACCAUUCAGUAGUUGGACAAACUGCAGAAUCUCUUGCAUCAAACGAGGUUGCAACAAUAAUUACUGGACAAGCCUAGUACUCUUCCAUUUG